AUGGCACUUGGAGUCAUAUUAGCCUGCCUCCUAGCCUUGGGGGUGGCUGGCUUCGGGCAGCAGCGUUGGAUCAUCAAGAAUGGAUACCUCAAGUACAAGCAGAGUCCACAGUACUGUGCUGGCUUGCGCGAAGGAAUAGUGAAAAACGGUGUGGACAUCAUCUUGUGGCAUUGUACCAAGAAGGCACAACACAAGUUCAAAGUGAGUGGGAAGUACAUCCAGUAUGAGGCUGAUCCGUCCUACUGCCUCAGUGUUCGGGAAGGAAAGGCUGGAGAUGGAUCUGACAUCAUUCUGUGGAAAUGCGAUGAUGCCCCUGCCUUUCACUGGGACGUAGAUGGUGAAUUCAUCAAGUACAAAGCAAAGCCACACUUCGUCAUGAGUGUACGGCAAGACAAUGCCAUGGACGGAGCGGAUGUGAUCCUUUGGGAAGCUGCUUCCAUGCACGACAAAUGGAUCUUUGAUGGCAAAGCAAUCAAGAUGAGUUCAGACCAGUCCAUGUGCCUGGGAUUAAGUCACAAACCGGGUGACGGCACCAACGUGAUCGUCUCCCGCUGUGGGAUCAUGACGAUUAUGAGCCGAUGGGUCAGAGAUGGCAAGUUCAUCAAAUGGGACUCUGACCCAAGGUUGUGCCUCUCCAUCCGCGAGGGGCGCAUCAUGGAUGGACAGGACAUCAUUCUCUGGACAUGCAAUGACAGCCCGGAGUUCCAUUGGGAGGUGUCCGGUUCUUACAUCCAGCAUGCGGCGAACCAGGCGCGAUUCCGUGAAGCGAGUGGACGCAGGGACCAAGCCAAAGCAAUGCUUUGGUCCUGCAAGGCCAUGGAACCUCUGGGACUGCCGGUCAGCGCUGAUCAGAGGCAUUGUCGGGAUACCCACGAGUUCAAAUGGACAGUGGAAGGCAAUCAAAUCAAGUUGGUAUCGAAUCCCAACUACUGCAUGGGUGUACGUGAGGGCAAGGCGGGUGAUGGCUCGGACGUCAUCCUUUGGAGCUGCAACAGCGAUCAUGCCUUCCGGUGGAAGGUGGAUGGUAGCUCCAUUGUGUACAAAAGAGACCCAAGAUACUUCAUGACAGUGAGACAGGGACGUAUUGGAGAUGGUGCUAACGUGAUCCUGUGGUCUGGCUAUAUCAACCCCUUCCUCUUUACAUUUGAUGGCCACUUGAUCAAACCAAAAGCAGAUCCAAGCAAAUGUGUCUCUGUGCGAGAAAACAAAGUUGGUGAUGGUCGCAGCCCAAGAAGAUUUCCUCGUCACUAG